AUAACGCCUCACCGGGGUACAAGACGACCAACACCCCUCAGUCCACCCACACAGACGAUUCAGAGAUGCGGGAGUCGAUGGGCGACGAGCGGACAACUCCAGUGUAGCUUCGCUCGCGAAACGUCGACUGAUUGAAGGCUCUGAGGAGGAUGUCGCGCCGUUAGAGCUGCCGAGUCUCCUCUAUCUGGACUUUAACGGUUACAGUUUAACGGUUUUCUCAGUGUGGAACAGCAGAGCACGUUCGAACCCACUUCAAAUGUGUUCGAACUCUCUCACGGCGCGCGUGACAGCCGAGCUGCAUGUGUGGAUUUGUGCAGAUUAACUGUGCAGGGUUCGAGCUGAAGGCUCCUGUCGGUCACUUUUAAGCUAAAUUGACUCCUCAGUGGACCUGAGAAUGGGCAUUCCUACACUACUACUCCCACUACUACUGACCUUCGGCUGGACAGAGAGCUUGUCUCUGUACGCAUCGGAUGGCCGCUCUCCUCGGCUGGCCUUGGAGAAGAGUUUAAGCUGGCCGUCCAAAGACAUGCAGUGCCAACACAUGCUGAAGCAUCUCCGUAAUGGUGCACGCAUCACCGUACAGAUGCCUCCUAACAUAGAGGGACACUGGGUGUCUACCAGCUGCGAGGUGCGUCCUGGGCCGGAGUUCAUCACGCGCUCAUACCGCUUCUACCAGAACCACACCUUCCAGGCCCACCAGUUCUACUACACAGACAACCAUUGUACAGCUCCUGCGUACACGCUGGUGAUCCGGGGCCGGCUGCGUCUACGCCAGGCCUCCUGGAUCAUCCGUGGCGGGACGGAGGCCGACUACCAGAUCCACCGCAUCCAGGCUGUGUGUCACACCAUGGCCACAGCCAAAGAGCUGAACCACAGGCUGGAGCGGACCUGCAGUGGAGAAAAAGAACCUGGACCCUGGGAGCCUAAUGUCAUGUACGAGUUGUGGAGCGAGGAGGGCGGCUGCGACUGCUCACGUGGGCUCAACUUUGCCAUGCAUGAGCUGCAGCUGCUCCGAGUGGAGAAGCAGUACCUGCACCACAACCUGGACCAUUUGGUAGAGGAGCUCUUCCUGGGGGAUAUCCACACGGAGCCAGCACAGAGGAUGUACUACAGGCCCUCCAGCUAUCAGCCAGCACUGCAGAACGCCAAGAGCCAUGAUCAGAGCUGCAUCGCAUGCCGGAUCAUCUCUCGUUCGGAUGAGUUCCACCCACCAAUCCUGCCCCCGCGGGCCGACCUCACUGUGGGACUGCAUGGUCAGUGGGUGUCCCAGCGCUGUGAGGUGCGGCCGGAGGUGCUCUUCCUCACCCGACACUUCAUCUUCCACGAUAACAACAACACCUGGGAAGGACAUUACUACCACUACUCGGACCCCGUCUGCAAGCAUCCGACCUUCAGUAUCUACGCCAGAGGGCGGUACAGUCGUGGUGUACACUCCACACGUGUGAUGGGGGGAACUGAAUUUGUAUUUAAGGUGAACCAUAUGCGUGUGAUGCCGAUGGACCUGGCCACCACUUCCCUUCUGAACGUCUUCAACGGCAAUGAAUGUGGUGCUCAAGGCUCGUGGCAGGUGGGAGUGGAGCAGGACGUCACACCAACCAAUGGCUGCGUGGCAUUAGGAAUUCGCCUCCCGCACACAGAGUAUGAGCUCUUCCGGAUGGAGCAGGACACUCAUGGACGCUACCUACUCUACAAUGGCCAGAGGCCCAGCGACGGCUCCAGCCCUGACCGGCCAGAGAAACGAGCUACUUCCUACCAGAUGCCCCUGGUGCAGUGCUCCGCCAGCAGCCAAAGGCCAGAGGUCACCUUGGGCCACCAUGCAGACCGGCCCCGAAAGCCAAGUAACGGUAGCUGGGGUGGUGCCCAUGGCUCCAUAGUGCAAGCUGUGGCACUUGUAGUAUUGAAUGUGCUGGUUAUGGAAUUAUGUGGUUGACUGAAAAAAAAAGAAGCCAACAAAACUGUCCUGUUAUUUCUGUACAUCUCUGUACAUACUGACGCAGAAAUGGCCAGAGAAGCUCAGGGAAGCACUCUGGCCGACUGAGAGGAAGUUUACUUGACGCACUUGGGCAUUCAGCUCUUUCAUUUUCCUGGGCUCUGGCCUACAGAAGCUGGAUGAAAAGGAAAUGGAUAAAGGAGUGGAAAGACGAAGUCUGCCUUCUUUCAUUUCUUGCUCUGCUCUGAACUGCUACCAGACUCCAGCGAACUGAAACUGCUGCACCACAUUAAUGGCACUUUAGUAAAAUAUGACUUAAAACUUACAAUUUUGAUUAAAACAAAAAACGUGUUCAUUUUCUACGCCAGGCUCAGACAAGAGGAUUUCCUGCUUAUUUUCUUGUUUUGUAAGAUGAAGCUAUAUACUGUAGACAUACACACUAACAGAGGUAUUUUUCUACAAUGUGUGGAGUGAGGAAGUGUGAGUGGAUUUUAAAUGACAAAAUGAACUAUUUCAGGGCUAUAAGAAGAGAACAAAAGGGAAUUUCAAUACAUCAUAUUCCAGUACAUAACCACUGAUAAAUCUUUUAAGCGAAAUAAACUAAGACAGAAAAAAAAGAACUUUUGUUUCUAUAACUGAUCUGAAAGAAGAGGGAUCUUCAUAAACCUGUAAGGUGCGAUUGUUAAUGCUUGCUUAGAAUCCAGGCGUGUGGGGUGAGUGUGUGCAGAAUAGUGCCAGUUUUGAUUUCCUGACAGUUUCUUUCACGUGUGCUGUAAGCUAUCAUUUUUGCUUGCUGUAUUGUGCUAUGGCAUGUGGAAUAAUUCAAAGCAAUUGUGGUUUCAUACAGCCCACCAGGAAUUGCUGUUCUCUAUGCCAGUCCUAGUUUGAUCCAGAGCUGAACUGGAAUGGAAAUAUUCAUUUCCUCCAGUGGCGUGGAUUCUAUUUCCAAUGCGCAAAAACCAAACACGAAGAAUAAAACGCUGUAUUUGUUUGAGGCAAAUGUU